GGUGGGCGGGGCCAGUUCGAACGGGUGGCGGCGCCAUGGUGAACCCGGUGAGGGAUCGGGAUCGGGGCCGGGGCCGGGGCACAGCCGAGGGUCCUGGUCCCCAAGUGAGCCCCUCGCUCUCCCCGCAGCCCAGCGCGGCGCCCGACGACGGCUUCGCCUCCUCAGACGACGAGGCCGGCGAGGAGGACCCGAGCCCGCUCCACAUCUCCUGGUUGUCUUUGUCUCCUCUCUACUCUUCCAAGUUCCUGGGAUUAUGCUCCCUUCCAGGUUGCAGGUUUAAGGAUGUCAGGAGGAACCUUCAGAAGGAUGUAGGAGAACUGAAGAACUGUGGGAUCCAGGACAUAUUUGUGCUUUGUACCAGAGGAGAGCUCUUAAAAUACCGAGUGCCAAACCUGAUAGACACCUACCAACAGCACGGGAUGUGUGUGCACCACCAUCCCAUUCCCGAUGGGAACGCUCCUGACAUUGCCACGUGCUGCGAAAUCCUGGAAGAGCUCAGAAGCUGCCUGGAAAAUAACCGGAAAACAAUGAUACACUGUUACGGUGGCCUUGGGCGCUCCUGUCUCGUGGCUGCCUGUCUCCUGCUCCAGCUCUCGGACACACUGGCACCUCAGCAGGUGAUAGAGAGCCUCAGGAACCUGAGGGGAUCCGGGGCCAUACAGACCAUCAAGCAGUACAACUUCCUCCAUGAUUUCCGGGAGAACCUGGCUGCACACCUGGCAACGACGGACACGGUGCCGAGAUCGGCAUCGCGGUAGCUGGCACUGCCCUGGGCAUCUCGGUGCCUGUGGAACUCACGUGGAUGAGACACCUCUCCCCUGACCUUGACUUCCUCACUGCUCCUGCCUGGGGGACACAGCUGCUCCCUCCCAAAUCCGGCUGUGAAACUUCGGGGUGGGGAUGGAGAUCCUGCAGGAUGUGCAGCAUCUCCCCCUCCUUGGUGACUUUAAUACUCACUGCCUUAAAAAUACAUCUGCAAGUGUGGUUGUGCUCACUGCUGUUCUGGUGGCCUGCACGCCUGGCUUUCCAUAUAAUAAUCUGGAUUCAUGUUGGGAUGACAUGUUGGGAGCUGGAUAAAAAUUACAACACUGGAGCUGUUUACAAACACCCUCAGCAAAGUCAGGCUGGAGGGCUCACCCCUUAUGAGCUGUAAGAACUCGUUCUAAAACGUCACAUUUCCGCUCCCUGUGUUCAGGAAUAUUUAGGAAUGGGUCCCCUCGUUCCACAAGUAGGAGGUGUUGCACCACAGAUCUGUAACAAGCCAAACAGGUGGGUUUUUAGGUGGCUGCCGGGAAGAGACACUGCUGUAGCUGCGUGGGUGAGGCUCUGGCACAGCCCUUCUGCCUGCUGACAGCAGAGAAAGUAAACAAACAAUCAGCUGUGAGCCGGAGAGGAUCCCACAGGAACACUCCUCUAACAGUCCCCAUCCCUCCUGUUCCACUAUAUCCACUCAUGAAGGGAAGAUGAACAGGCAGGUUUUGAUAAAACUUUGAUUUUUUCAGGACCUUCCCAAGUCAGAAGUUGUGACACGAGACUCCACCACAGCUCUGGUGGCUUUGAGUUGAAGGAAAACUGACUUGAAUUUAAAUUUCUCCCUUUAACAUGUUUAAAACCAGACACCUGAGCGCAGGUUUAAAGGUGAUUUCUACAGAUUGAUUAGUUUUUACUGCCAUUCCCUUCUCCACCCCUACAGCAGACACAGGAACUCCUCCAGUUUCCACUUAGAGAAAAUACUCUGCUCCAAAUGUGCCCCGGUGUUUAAUCCUUGCAGCUGAGGGGUUUCAGAUAUUAAGUAUUUGUCGUAUGACUCAGCAGGAAACUUGCUGACAGGGAGAGAAAUGUUCUUUACUCUCUCCAUAAUCUUUUGCCUCCUGGAACUCCAAAACUAAUGACAAUCAGAAAAGCAAUUCUAUGUACGUAUUAUGUAUUUUAAUAGCUCUCAGGACUAUUCUUCUCCCUUCAGGAAGAGGAUUUGAAGUUACCACAGCCUGAGUUCUCUUAGUCCCAGUACAUUAUAAAAAGAGAAGAAUUCAGAGCAGAGAGGAGGAAACUGCCACUCUGCAUCCCCUGGGCACCCCAACUUGGUGUGGUAAUAGCCUGGAAAAGGGAAAAUUUGUGGAGGAGAAAGGACAGACCCAAAGCUACGGAAGGAAUUCCAACCAGGAAGAGAUCAAGCAGAAUUCUCUGCUCUGACAGAUCACUCAUAAAUAACAGCAUAAAUAACAUGGAAAUAGGAGUUUAGGGGCACCAAAUGAAAUCUGGCAGAACUGCUGAACAAGUACGUUUAACAGUAAUUAAUUCCACUGCAGAACUCACUUUCUUGGGAUUGCCCAGAGAAGCUGUGGCUGCCCCAUCCCUGGAAGUGUUCAAGGCCAGGUUGGACAGGGCUUGGAGCAAUCUGGGAUAGUGGAAAGUUGGAACUGGAUGGUCUUUAAGGUCCCUUCCAACCCAAACCAUUCUGAGGUUCUGGGAUCUUCCAUACCAGGUUAUAAAAGUGCUCAGAAAGCAACUGAACCGAUGGCAGAGAAGCCCUUCAGGGCUGUUUAAGAUGCCAAAGCUCUCCCAGGACACCUGUAACACACAAAUUUCCAAACACACUCACUCCUCAGGCAGAGAUGUUCAACACCUGCCCUGUCUCAUACUGUUCUUCCUCAGCUGUUGCCACUGCCCAACACACCAGUACUGGAGUGCCUGGAUUUCUGGUGGACCCCAGUGCAAACACUGGUACAGCUUUUGUUGCCUCUGACACCCCAGAAACCCAAAGUGAACAAAUACACCGUUUAUACAAAAGAAAAAGUUUUACUAGAACUGGGAAACUCUGCAUUGUUCUCCAGCACAGGUAAAUGAG